AUGACGAAUCACUGUCUCCUCAUUGUUAUGGCUGUGGCAGCCGUCCUUCUCACCGCCACUAGCGCCUCCCAGCCCACGACGGCGUACAGCAUGGUAGAGCAAUACGGCUUUCCACCGGGCAUCAUCCCGCAGGGCGCGCAGAGCUAUGAGCUCCGGAAGGAUGGCUCCUUUGAGGUGCACUUCUCCGGUGAGUGCGGCCUGCAGGUCGGCGGCUUCCAGCUUCACUACAGCAGCCGGGUCGCCGGGAACAUCCAGAACGACACGAUCAGCGGCCUCGAGGGCGUGAAGGUGAAGAUCGUGCUCCCGUGGGUGCGCAUUCGGGAGCUCAGCAGCCAGGGCGGCGAGAUAAGGGUCCACGCUGGGGCGAUAUCUAGGUCGUUCCCGGUCAGCGACUUCUCUGUUAGCCCUCAAUGCUAA